CAGAGCCCGCUCGGGUGAAGACAGCAUGGGCAGCUGCGAGCUGUGAGGAUGGAGAAGAGAGUGUGUGUGAUCCAGACUGACUUCCACCAGUACAGACCCGCCAUCGCUCUGCACAGCAGAUCCCUGGCACAUCAGCACAUUCACGCACAGCCGGCAGGGAUGAGGGAGAGAGAGGAGCUGAGGAGAGCCAUAGAGCAGAGUGACCGACUCCUCUCCAAGGUCCGCGAGCUGGAGGAGCAGAACAGCCAGCUGAGCAAGGAAAAGAAUGAGGUGGCCACUAAAUACCGAGCUGAGCAGGAGAGCGCCCAGGCGUCCGAGCAGCACUGCGCCCGGCUGGAGAAGGCCCGGCGUGAGCUGGAGCGGCAGCUGUCGGGCCUGUCGGAGCGUCUGGAGGAGGAGGAGGCCUGCUCAGCUCAGCUGGCCCUCCACAGGGACAGGCUGGACACCGAGUGCAGCAGCCUCAGAAGAGACCUGGACGAGCUGGAGAGCGCCCUGACUGUGGCUGAGCACAGCAAACAGUCAUCAGACAGUGAGGUAAGGCGGCUGUCAGAGCAUCUAUUUCAGAAGGACGAGGCUUUGCAAAAGCUCCAGAAGGAGAAAGAACAUCUGGUGGAGCUCAGCCAGCAGGCCAUUGAGGACCUGCAGUGCGAAGAGGAGAAGGUGAACCUGCUGACCAAAGAGAAAACCAAGUUACAGAUGAAAGCUGAAGAUCUGGAGUACCGCCUGGAGCAGGAGCGCCGUCAGCGUGGCGAGCUGGAGAAGAGCAGGAGGAGGCUGGAGGGCGACAGCAGGUCCACACAGGAGAGUCUGGGAGAGAUGGAGAAGAAUCGGAGCGGGCUGGAAGACCUCAUCAAAAGGAAGGACCUGGAGAUCAGCAGCACCAGCUCCAAGCUGGAAGCAGAGGAGGCCCUCAACAUUGGACUGCAGAGGAAGAGCAAGGAGCUGCAGGCUCGCAUCGAGGAGCUGGAGGAGGAGCUGGAAGCCGAGCGGGCCAUGCGAGCCAAGGUUGAGAAGCAGAGAGCAGAUCUGACCAGAGAACUGGAUGAUCUCACUGACCGACUGGAGGAAGCAGGUGGGAUCACCGCCUCACAGAUGGAGGUGAACAAGAAGCGAGAGGCCGAGCUGCAGCGCCUGAGGCGAGACCUGGAGGAGUCCUCGGUCCAGUCAGAGGCGCUGGCCGCGUCUCUGAGGAAGCGGCACGGCGAUGCCAUGGCAGAGCUGAGCGAGCAGUGUGAGGCCCUGCAGAGGGUCCGGGCAAAGCUGGAGAAGGAGAAGCAGAACCUGAGGAUGGAGGUGGACGAGCUGGCCGCAUCUCUGGACAGUCUGCAGAAAGCCAAGACGUCCUCAGAAAGCCAGAUGAAGAAGCUGGAGGAGCAGCUGUCAGAGGCCAACAGGAGAGGAGACGACCUGCAGAGGGCCCUGACUGAGCUCAGCGUGGCCAAGAACAGACUCACAGCUGACAACGCAGACGUGGGUCGACAGAUGGAGGAGGCGGAGGGCAGAGCCAUCCAGCUGAGUCGCUCCAAGACUCUGCUCCAAUCCCAGCUGGAAGAGCUGAAGAAACAACUGGACGAGGAGGUCAAGUGUAAGCAGGCGAUGAGCAGCAGUCUGAGCUCAGUGCGGCAGGAGUGCGAGGUGCUGAAGGAGCAGCUGGAGGAGGAGCAGGAGAGCAAGCAGGAGCUGCAGCGCCUCGUCUCCAAACUCAACAGCGAGGUGACGCACUGGAGGAGCAAACACGAGUCCGACAGCAUCCAGCACGCCGACGAGCUGGAGGACACCAAGAAGAAGCUGGCAGCCAGGCUGCAGGAGGCCGAGGAGGCCGUGGAAGCCACCCAGGCCAAAUGUUCUUCGCUGGAGAAAACCAAACAGAGGCUGCAGGGAGAGGUGGAGGAGCUCUGCAUGGACCUGGAGAAGGCCAGCAGCUGCGGCCAGGCUCUGGACAAGAAGCAGCGGAUCCUGGAGAGGCAGCUCGGAGACUGGAAGCAGAAGUGCGAGGAGCUGGUGGCCGAGGUGGAGGGCUGCCAGAAGGAGAGCAGGCAGCACGCCAGCGAGCUCUUCAAACUCAAGACGGCGCAUGAAGAGUCUCUGGAGCAGCUGGAGGCCCUGCGCAGGGAGAACAAGGCCUACCAGGAGGAGGUCGCAGACCUGACAGAUCAGCUCUCAGAUGGAGGCAAAAGCGUCCACGAGCUCCAGAAAGCAAAGAAGAAGAUUGAGAUGGAGAAAGAGGAGUUGCAGGCCUCACUGGAAGAGUCUGAGGCAGCUUUGGAGGCUGAGGAGACCAAGGUGCUGAGGCUGCAGCUGGAGCUGUCUCAGGCUAAAGGAGACCUGGAGCGCAGAUUUCAGGAGAAGGAGGAAGAGACCGAAGCCACCAGAAAGAGCCACCAGAGGGCGCUGGAGUCCCUGCAGGCCAGUCUGGAUGUGGAGGUGAAAGGCAGAGCAGAGGGCCUGAAGCUGAAGAAGAAGCUGGAGGCCGACAUCAACGAGCUGGAGCUGCAGGUGGACCUGCUCACCAAGAACAAUGCAGAGCACGGCAAGAACAGCAAGAAGAUGCAGCAACAGAUUAAGGAGCUGCAGGCUCAGUUGGAGGAGGAGGUCCGGAGCCACGAGGACCGCAGGGAGGAGCAGGCGGCCAUGGAACGACGUUGCGGCAUACUGGUCAGCGAAGGGGAGGAGACUCGCGCAGCCUUGGAGACCGCGGAGAGGGCUCGCAAGGCCCUGGAGACCGAGCUGCAGGAUGCCAACGAGAAAUACAGUGACCUCAACAACCAGUUCCAGUCGGCUCUGAGCGGGAGGAGGAAGCUGGAGGUGGAUCUCCAGACUCUGCAGCAGGAGCACGAGGAGCUGCAAGGAGAGCUGAGAGGAUCCACGGACAAGACCAAGAAGGCCAGCUGCGAGUUGGCGCGAGUCGGGGAGGAGCUGCGUCUGGAGCAGGAGCACACCCUCCACCUGGAGAGAGUGAAGAAAGGUCUGGAGGCUCAGAUCAAAGACAUGAGCGGCAGGCUGGACGAGGCCGAGCAGAUGGCUCUGAAAGGAGGCAAGAAGAUCAUCCAGAAGUUGGAGGGAAAGGUGAAGGAGCUGGAGCUGGAGUUGGACUCGGAGCAGAAGCGGCAUGCCGAGACGGUGAAGACGCUGCGGAAGAACGAGCGCCGGCUGAAGGAGCUGCUGUUCCAGUCCGAGGAGGACCAGAAGAACCAGCAGAGGAUGCAGGAGCUGGUGGAGAGGCUGCAGAACAAGAUGAAGGCCUACAAGAGACAAGUGGAGGAGGCUGAGGAACAAGCCAACAUGAACCUGGCGAAGUACAGGAAGACGGUCCACGAGCUGGAUGACGCCGAGGAGCGAGCUGACAUCGCUGAGUCGGCACUCACCAAGAUCAGGACCAAGAACAGAGGCAGCUUCGGCAAAGGAUACUCCUCUGGUUAUAGCACCCCGUACCCCCGCCUGGUCAGGUCACCCAGCUCUGUGGGCUCAGAGGGUAGAGGAGAGAAGAUCCUCAACGACGACAACGAGUCCGUCAGCUCCCUCAUCCCAGCGUACCUGGACUCCCUCAAGAAGCUCAUGAUUGACUAGAAACCCGGCUGAGGCGGCGCCGACCCGCUCUGGGCGCGCCGUCACCCUGGCUCUGAUGUCUUUUGAAGGAGCGAUGCGCGGUACAGUAUGAAGUGAGGCUGAAAUCAGCUUCACAACACAUUCAGGUCAGAGACGAACCAUUCGGUGUGCGUCGCCUGUCUGUGCGUACUGUACGUUCCCAUUCAGUCUUUCUACAAUGUACUCAGCCCUUUCUCUCUUUGUUAUGACUGCACAGCUUUAAUAACACACUCCAGCUUUAAUCCAAUACACUUUUUAUACACUGCAUAAUGUGAUAUUUGUAUGUAAAACUGAUUAUAUGUGGAAAACUGUACUGGAACAAGUCAUUCAAGAGCUGUCAGUGAAUUAUGAACAACAAAUUUAAUCUAAAUUCUAUAAAAGGAUUGACAUAUAUUGAAGUGAUUUGUAACUGACUAUCAUGAAGCGUUACCAGGUGAGAUAUGCAACAAGGUGCCGUCAACACAUUGGUUAUUUUAGGCCAAUAAUAAGAAAUGCAGUGUCAUGUAUCCAAGUGUAUCUGUCUGAACUUUAACCUCAUCUGUAUCACUGCCUGGACCUGUACCCAGGCUUGGCCCGAACCAUCUUAAUGUUGAAUGUGUUUUUUAGGGAAUAAAAGACUUUUUAUCAUUUA